UCAGGAAAAUGCAGAGGAACUGACUCCAAUGCUGAGGAUCACAGUGCUUUCAUGGUGGGGGGAAGCUGCAUCUGUUGCAUUUCUAACUGUCGCGUAAAUGGUAAAGAGGCAUCAUCAACCCUGGGGCUGGCAGGUGGGGGCUGUCCUUAGGGAGCUCUGGUGGGGUGCAGGACCCCCUUCCAGUUAAUUCUAAUGGGGGUUAGAAGAGCGGGGCCAGGGCGGUGGCCCUGCUUGCCAUGCCCAAAGGACAUCCCUGGCGGGAGGUUCGAUCCCACAGAGUCCUGGCUUGGCUUCUGAGAGUUAAAACGCCCCUCAUCCAAGUGAACAGUUUUCCUCUUCUCAAGGGCAAGGUAGGGAAGGAAGCCGCACUUUGACUCCCGACUGAGAUGCCAGGAAAGAGUUAAGCCGAGAGAGACGUGGAUCCUAGAGAGGACAAAAGGAAUCCGGAUUGGCAGCAUCAGUCUCCUGCCCCGAACCCUUCCCUGGGAAAUUCCGGGAUUCGGGGAGCUCCUCGAACUCAGUGGCCUCACCUAUAACAGCAGUUCCUGCUGCAAGGACCAGUCUGUGGAUAAAACAACUUCAGCCUUCUUAGAGGCUGCCUUUGGAUCACAGAAUUGGAGAUGGAAAUGCAAGACUCAGGUGGCCCAGAGACCAUCAAGGCUGGGAGCGGUGAGGAAUUCUGGGAAAGGGCUCUGCAGGGAAUCCUGCAUGAGGACACGCUCCCUUCAGAUGUACAACGCCAGCGCUUCAGGCAAUUCCGCUACCAGGAGGCUGAGGGGCCCCGAAAGGUUUGCAUCCGACUUCACCACCUUUGCCGUCGGUGGCUCAGACCAGAGCAACACACAAAAAACCAGAUCCUGGACCUGUUGAUCCUGGAACAGUUCUUGGCCAUCCUGCCCCCGGAGAUGGAGAGCUGGGUGAGGGAAUGUGGAGCAGAGACCAGUUCGCAGGCAGUGGCCUUGGCAGAAGGUUUCCUCCUGAGCCAGGCAGAGGCCAAGAAGCAGGAAGAGCAGCAGGUGCAGGGACCAUUAGCAGAAGCAAACCUCUAUGUUUCUGAGGCAGAGAAGACUCUAUCAGACGCCAGACCGAAGAUGCUGCACGGAGGGAGCUUGCAGGAGGAUCAUGCAGAUGCCACCUCACUGGCUCAUGGAAGACCACUGGAGGUGUUGACAAGCUCAUGGCUCCCCUGUGUGGAUGAAGAAACAGCUUCUACCCAACCAGAUCAGGGUGCCGUGUCCUUUGAGGAGGUGGCUGUGCAUUUCACGGAGGAGGAGUGGGCUCUGCUGGAUGCAAACCAAAGAGCCCUGCACAGAGCAGUCAUGGAGGAGAAUAGGCAGAAUGUGGCCUCUCUGGCGGGUGAUUGGUGGAAAAACAAGAAUGAAGGAGAAGCAUGUGGAUCAUUAGUAGAAAGAGCGAGAUGUAAAAAGGAAGCACAACAGAGAAAAGCAACAACAUUAAAUCAGGAGAGGAAGAAUGAAUCUCCUCCUGUUCGUGCUAUUGACUGCCAGGAAACACCAAUACAAGUAGAAAUAGAGAAGGGAAAGCAAAGGAGGAACCCCCUCUCAUGUGAGAAAAGCAUCGGUUAUAAAUUGUUGCUUAAAUGUCACUGGAGAAUGGAGAAUGGGGAGGAGACUUUUAUGUGCUUGGAGUGUAGAAAGAGCUUCAGUAAGCACUCAGACCUAAUUAAACAUCAAAGAACUCACACUGGAGAGAAACCAUAUAAAUGUCUGGAAUGCGGAAAGAGUUUUAGCUGCAACUCUGGGCUUAAGAGACAUGUAAGAAUUCACACAGGAGAGAAACCAUUUAUAUGUUUGGAGUGUGGAAAGAGAUUCAGUCGGAGCACAAAUCUUAGAGAACAUCAAAAAAUGCAUACAGGAGAAAAACCAUUUAGAUGCUUGGAGUGUGGAAAGAACUUCAGUAGGAGCUCAGCUCUUAAAAAACACCAAAGAAGUCACACAGGAGAGAAACCAUUUAAAUGCUUGGAGUGUGGAAAGAGCUUCAGUUGGAGCUCAGCUCUUCAAGAACAUCAAAGAAUUCAUGCAAGAGAGAAACCAUUUAUAUGCUUGGAGUGUGGAAAGAGCUUCAGUCGGCGUUCAGAUCUUAAGAAACACCGAAGAAUUCACACAGGAGAGAAACCAUUUAGAUGCCUGGAGUGUGGAAAGAGCUUCAGAUGGAGCUCCGAUCUUAGAAAACAUCAGAUAAUUCAUACAGGAGUGGAACCAUUUAAAUGUCUAGAGUGUGGAAUGAGCUUCCUUUGGCGCUCAGCUCUUAGAGAUCAUAAAAGAACUCACUUGGGAGUGAAACCAUAUACAUGCAUGGAGUGUGGAAAGAGCUACAUUUGGAGCUCAAAUCUUAAGAAACACCAUGAAAUUCACAAAGGAGAAAAACUAUACAAAUGCCUGAAGUGUGGAAAGAGCUUGGAUAGUAGCUGCCUUAUUCAACAUGAAAGAAUUCAUACCCCCUCGGAAGAAGCCGCUGACGUUUGCACGCCUCUUUCCCCGGGGGGUGGGUGGGGUGAGAUGGGUCCUUGUUCUUCCCCUUCCCCCGGGGACGGAUCUGGAGAUGGCAGACAGGAGAGUGAGGGAGAAGCAUUUCAGAUGUUGUUCAAGAAAGCCAGAGACAAAGAGGCAAGAGAGCCUGGAAUGAACAUGAAAGCAAAACAGGAGCAGGGAAUUGAAUGCUUUGCUUCAUAUGAUGGAGUCCUCCAUGAAAUCCCAAUUGAAGAAAAAACUGAAAAAUCAGAGCAAAGUAUUAAUUGUACCCUCUGUGGGACAUUUUUCACUUGCAAGUCAAGCUUUAAAAUUCAUUGUAAAAUCCAUGGAGGAGGGAAACGGUAUGAAUGUCAGAAAUGUGGAAAGAGCUUCCGUCAAUCUGCAGGCCUGACUGCCCAUAAAAGAAUCCACACUGGGGAGAGACCAUACAAAUGCCUCGAGUGUGGAAAGAGCUUCAGUCAAUGCAUAGGCCUGACUGCCCAUAAAAGAAUCCACACUGGGGAGAGACCAUACAAAUGCCUGGAGUGUGGAAAGAACUUCACUCAAAGCUCAGGCCUCGCUUCACAUCAAAGAAUCCACACAGGGGAGAAACCAUAUAAAUGCUUGGAGUGUGGAAAGAGUUUCACUGUGAGUACACACCUCACUUCACAUCAAAGUAUUCACACAGGGGAGAAACCAUAUAAAUGCUUGGAAUGUGGGAAGAGUUUCAGGCGAGCUGACAUGCUUACGUCGCAUCAAAGAACUCACACAGGGGAGAAGCCCUAUCAAUGCUUGGAGUGUGGAAAGAGCUUCAGUAGCAGAACAGAAGUCAAUAAACAUCAAAGAACCCACAGUGGGGAGAAACGUUAUCCAUGUUUGGAGUGUGGAAAAAGGUUUAGUCGGAGCACAAGCCUAAGAUCACAUCAAAGAAUCCACACAGGAGAGAAACCAUAUCAAUGCUUGGAGUGUGGAAAAAGCUUUAGUCAGAACUCAUACCUAACAUCACAUCGAAGAACCCACACUGGGGAGAAACCGUAUCAAUGCUUGGAAUGCAGAAUGAGCUUCAGUCAACCCUCAGGUCUUGCUUCACAUCGACAAAUCCACACAGGACAGAAACCAUAUAAAUGCUUUGAAUGUGGAAAGAGUUUCAGUCGAUCUGGGUAUCUCACUUCACAUCAAAGGCUCCACAGAGGGGAGAAACCAUAUAAAUGCUUGGAAUGUGGAAAGAGUUUUCAUACAAGUACAGCCCUCAUAUUGCAUCAAAGAACUCAUACAGGGGAGAAGCCAUAUCAAUGCUCCGAGUGUGGAAUGAGCUUCAGUCAGUCCUCAGGCCUCACUUCACAUCAAAGAAUCCACAUAGGGGUGAAACCAUAUAAGUGUUUGGACUGUGGAAAGAGCUUCAGUCGAGCUGACUGUCUCACUUCGCACCAAAGAAUCCACACAGGGGAGAAGCCAUAUAAGUGCUUGGAAUGUGGAAAGAGCUUCAGUCGAGCUGACUGUCUCACUUCGCAUCAAAGAAUCCACACUGGGGAGAAACCAUAUGCAUGCUUGGAGUGUGGAAAGAGCUUCGGUCGAGCUGACUGUCUCGCUUCACAUCAAAGAAUCCACACAGGGGAGAAACCAUAUACAUGCUUGGAGUGUGGAAAGAGUUUCUGUACAAGUGAAACUCUCACUUCACAUAGAAGUAUCCACAGUGGGGAAAAACCAUGUAAAUGUUUGGAGUGUGGAAAGAGCUACAGGUGGCGUUCACAACUCACAUCACAUCAAAGAACCCACACAGGUGAGAAACUGUAUUAGUAAUCGCAGUCUGAAAAGAGCAUGUAUAAGGGUGCAGCUCUCACUUCAUAUCAAAGAAUCCAGGGGAGAAGCCAUGUCAUUACUUCACUCAAUAAGCUUCAGUCAGAACUCAAGUCUUUCAUCACACUGAAGAUUCAGUAGCUUCGAAAAUAAUAUGAUUUUGAAGAGAAAGCAUAUAAAUACUUGGAGUGUGGAAAGAAUGUAUGUAAGAGUACAAGUCUCCUUCACCUUGAAGAAUUUGUAAGGGUUAAAAGCUCUAUCAGUUCUCAGACUGCAUCAAUAGCUUUUGUUAUCUUUCAACCCUUAACAAAAGCCAUAGAAAUGACACAGGAGUAAAACCAUACACAUCCUUUGAAUGCGGAAGGAGCUUCAAUGUGAGUGCAAAACUCAUUCCACACCAAAGGAUGGGUGGAAACCUGGUCCAUGCUCAGAAUGUGGACAUUGCUUCAAUCAGAGUGCAUGUCUUGUAUCCAAAACCAUAGGGAGGAGAAGGCACUGAAGUUGGAAUGUUCUUCAGUCACAAAAGACCUCUGGAUUUAUUUUUGGAGUGAAUGAAGGAUGGUCAGGUAGAAAUGGAGACUAGAAAUGGCUUUCAUCGGCUUCAGCUGGUGCACCAGCCGCACCUCACCUUGAAGGGACCAGACUCCACACGUGUCAUUCACACCCUGAUAGUCUCCAUGGUUGGCCAAUGUCAAGUACUCUACUUGGGGCUGAAGUCUGUUCAGAAACUGCAGGUAAUCCAAAAUGCGGCUGCUGAUAGGAGUAUCGCUCUCCAAAGUUGUACCACCUGCACCAGCUACCAGUUUCUUCCAGGCUCAGUUUGAAAGUGCUGGUUUGACUUUUACAGCCUUAAGUGGCCUGAGACCUGCGAAGAGGCCUCAGAAUUGCUUCGACCCAUCUCAGUCUUUCCAUCCAUGGAGAUCACCUAUCAGGGCCCUGCUCUGUGUUUUUCUGGGUGGGCAUGAGGGACGGGGCCUUUCUUGUGGUGGCACCAAGAGAGCAACAUGCUGAACAGAAGGAAGUUUGCCUGGCCUUGGUCCUGCUUGCCUUUUGGCUGGCAGCAAAGACAUAUUUUUGUCCAGAGGCUUUUUCUGAGGUUCUUUUUUAGAUCAUUUCUCCAUUUGCUGCUGCUCUUAAUCCAAUCUAGAUUUUAUUUCUGUUUUAGUGUAACUGUUAUAGUAUUUUAAAAAUAAUGUUGUUGUAUAAUUUUAAUUCUUUAUCAUGUUGUUAGCUAUCUUGGAUGCCAGUAUAGGAAAGUGGGAUCAAAAUCUUGGCAAAUAAAUAAUACAUAAACCAUCUUUCACAUGAAAGGGCCCAAUAAGGAGAGCCACUAUAUAAAUGAAUUUCAGAAAGGGGUAUGGUGCAUUUGUGGAUAUCAAGGAUCACAAAGAAAUUCAUGGCAGCUUUUGAAAAUUGUAUGUUUGUUUUUAGCACGACCUAACAAAUUGAGCUUUUCUGUUAGUUAGAACAGGCUUUUUUAACAUGGUGACUCUUACCUAGGUUCUCUUCCCCCUUGGUGUGUUUCUGACUAUCAACACAAAGAAUUACAAAGUGAUGUUCGCUAUAUUUUGAGUGGCCGCUAUCUUGAAACAAGAUGAUGGAUCAGAAGAAUAAUACUCUCGUUGUGGAGACCUAGACCCCAUUCUGAUGUUCUAUGAAUUCACUUCAUAUCUGAUUGUAAAUGCAGGACUUGUUAGAGAUCACACACAUGGACACAGUGAUCUUGUAAGAUCUUGUAAGCCUUCUCUUCAAAAUGUAGGCUUGAAAUGACUACUUUGAGUAAUUUUCCUCAUGUCAGCCAGUGUGUGCAGUCUGAAGAUUAGUUCACUGGUUUAUUUUUAAAUUUUGCACAUGCUCUAAUGUACUCUCUUCUCCUAAUAGUUCCCUUAAUUGUGCAUUUAUGUUAAUUGUGCAUUUGUUCCUGGUGUUUUCCUUUAAGGCAGGGAGAGUUGUUCCAGUCCUCAAAGCAGCAUGGGCCGAUCACCUUUCCAAAUGGGGCCGUGCGUUUGGGAGACCGUGCCCCCAUGUCUGACGUCAGAUGCGGGGGCGUGGCUAGCCAGAGCAUGAAUUCCAGAAAGGCCAUUCUCUUUGAAUUACAGGGAGACAAGAUCUUACUCCAGUGGUCCUUGGGAAAGUGGUUCUUGCUGGAUCCUGUGAAGUGGAGGUUCUUUAAUCCCCCUUUCUGAAAUGAAGUUGUUAUCACACUUGUUCAGACAUGGGUCAGCUGCUUUUAGCUUGCUUAGGAAAGUUAGCUCUGGAAACCAAAUCUGCAGAUCACAGUUGUUGUGCAAGCCAAGCCUCUUGCAUCUCAAAAAUGGCUGUGCUGAUGCUAGGAAAUACUGUAAGGCCCGAACCAGCGUGACUUUGAUGUGCUCUUUGUAUUGCUCAAGUUAUGUUUGUAUGGUUUAAAUGUUUGCUUCCAAGGAGUUUUGCAGUGCAAAAAGCGUGAUGGAACUAGUCAAGGUUGUUGUGAACUUCAAAGUACCUUGUUUAUUACAAUUAAUUGCUCAAGAUUUGGCAAAAGAGGUGCAAUGAACUGUAAUGAGAAACGUGUGUGUGCGUGUGUAAGAGUGGGUGAAGACAUGGUUGGUUAGUUAAAAGUGCAAACAGGCUGAAGAUUACUGGGUGAAAAGGAGGCUGUAACAGGAUUCCCAGCUGCAGUUGACUACAAUUCCCUGAAUCCUCAGCCAAAGGCCAUUGCAGCUGGGCAUUCUGGGAGCUGUAGUCAACAACAUCUGGAAAUUCCUUUUGCAGGGAACACUGGCAGGGACUAGAGAGAUGUGUGCAGAGUGGGAUGUGACAGCGGGAUCAUCUCCAACAACAGAUUAAUGAUCACCUGAGCAUGUUUAGGACAAGUUGACCUGGACCAGUAGCCAAAGGUUGGACUCUGAGGGAAUUCCCAAGAGGGGCUUUCCACUGAUGUGUCAGGAGUUGAGCCAAAACAGCCAGGAAGACUGCCCUGCCAGAGCGUCUUAUUGCUAUAAACCAGGGCUGCUCAACUUUGGCCUUCAGCUGGUUGUUGUUUUUUACUACAACUCCCAUAACCCCCAGCCACUAUCCAGGUAUUAUGGGAGCUGUAGGCCAACAUCUGCAGGAGGGCCUAAGCUGAGCAGCCCUGACUUAAGCUAACAAAGCUGGACACCUUUUUAGCCAGGUAGAUCAGUCUGCCCCUGGAGUGGACGAGACUUGUGUUUAAGACCUGUCAGUGUGUUUUCCGUGUGGACUAUUGUCUUUGUGACUGCAACUGUUGUGUUUGCCAGCACAAUCACUAUUUGCUAUUACUAUCAGUGUUAGAUAUAUCUUUUUUAUUGCCACUGCCUGGAUAUUACUGUUUUCAUUUAACUCUAGCAUUAUUUUAUUACCCUUGUUUAAUAAAAGUUACAUAAAAAUGUUUUAACCUAA